GCCUGAAAGAGUCCGCUGGACAGCCUUGAACUAUAGUGAAAGCCUGCCUAGAUCUGAUUCGCUGCGAUGCGAGCAAUUUACUAGGUGCACAACGCGGCUCCUGGCUGGUAUUGCUACUGAGCAUGACAUAUUUGGCGAGCAUGGUUCAUGACCAUGGACGCAACAUACGCUUUCUUUUAUACUGGCAGGCUGCUUCAAACUCUUGUUUUACCUGACCUAGCCUGCUAUUCAGAGUUUUUGAGCUAAACACCAAUACUACCGAAGCGAUGCAUUCAUGCACAUCUUUCCAGCAACCGACCAUAUCGAGCGGUCUGGCACUAGAAAAAUGCACCACACAUCAGGCAUAUGCCAUCCGGUACAGAGCCAACGGCAUCACUCAUUUCGGCACCCUUCAUUUUAACAGCGUUGUCGGCGGUAUUGUAUUCCACCCGCUCACCCAGGAAGCUACCGAAACGUCUGUUAUCGAAAAGAUGAGAUUGUUUGACAUGCUUCACAAUAGGCCGCCAUGCCAGCAUUCUGUUGUGUAUUUAGGAAGGUUUAGCAGUGCAGAAAUAGAACUUGCCAGCAAGUACACGCUGAAACGUAUGGCAGGUGGUUUAGGCAGUGUUCCGUCGGGCACGUGUUCGCAUUGGUGCCAGACAUACACAGGCAUUCUCUCGUGGGUUCUGAUUGAACUCUGGACAGGCCGCUCCCUGCUAGGAGAGUCGUUUGAUGGUAGGCUUUAUCGCAGCAACUAGGCGUACUACCUCGAGGAUAU